AAAAAAAAGGAUAAGAACCCAUAAACUUUUACGUGAGAGUCAUUUCCCUUUAAUAAGCGAUUCAAUCACAUCUUCAGCCACACACCAAAAAGAGAAAAUGUUGAAGAGAUUGUUGACGACAUCCGCUUUCUCACCUAAAGGCGUUAACUGGGUGCGUUCAUUCGCAUCCGGAGCCGGAAAAGGAGGAUUCGCAUCGGGAGCCUGGAACGUGGGAUUCUCAUCUGGCGCCGGGAAUGGAGGAUUCGCAUCAGGAUCUGCGUCUGGUGGCGACGAGAACGGAGGAUCUGCGUCUGGUGGCGACGGGAACGGAGGAUCUGCGUCUGGUGGCGACGGGAACGGAGGAUCCGCCUCUGGUGGCGCCGGGAACGGAGGAUCCGAGUCGGAAAACAACGGAGGAGGACAGAGAAGCUAUCGUCUUUGUCCACCCUCAUUGGAACAAAAGCUAGAAGAUUUGCAGAAGGAGUGCAAUCAGUGGGAAGAUCACUUUCGAAAAGCCAAAGACAUGUUCAGCUCUCAGGAUGGGGAUCGUAAGGAGCAUGUAAAAUCGUGUGAGAUCCGGAGUCUGGAGCGAUAUCUCACCUAUCUCAAGGAGGAAACCUACAUUUGGAAUGUCGUUCGCGAACAUCGGGAGACAUCGAACUUUCCAGAGUCACAAAAGAUGCGAUGGGAAGUGUACUGGCUUGGUACAAGCAGAAGGGUGUCAAAUCGGAUCUGCACAGAGUAAUGGAGGAGAUCGAAGAAUCGUUAUUCCAGGCAGCGUUUAAAAUGACGAUACGUCAAUCUACCUGCCACUGGAUAGAGCAAUCAUCCUACUGGUUGGAGAGGGCUCGCUCCCUUGGAGUUAAAGUAGAAACCGGCAAGGUAGUGUCUUUACUCUCUGCUCUCUAUACUUCCACUGGAUAGAGCAAUCAUCUACAAACUUUUGCUUUUAUUUAUUCAGGGAACAAUUGAAGUCGAUUAUGGACAACUCGAUAUAGUUUUCACCUUCGCAAAGGAUGCCAUGAGGAGUUUGCUAAAUUGGUCCGUUGAAAAUGGUGGCUUCAUGUCAGAUUUAAUCAUUCCAGAGAUACGCAGAAGCUUGAUCGAAGAGCUCGGUUUAUCAGUGGAAGAAGCCUUUUACUACUGGCUAGGAGAAAUUUUUCACUUGGGAGAAUUGCACUCCCAUUGUAAAGAUGUCAAGUUAAAGUUAGAUGCUGAUGUGUGACCAAUCGCGAGGAGUGAUGGGAUGGUGAUGAUGUGAUGGUGACGAUGGUGACGAUGGAGGAAUAAUGGGAGGAGUGCUUGCUUCAAUAUUAUCGUUUUUUUUUGUCUCAAUAAAUCUUAGAACAAUGACACUGAUUUUGCACAAAACUACGUUUUUAUUUUUUAAUGGUAAUAUCCUCUGUUUUUCUCGUGUCGUUGAAGAAACUUAAUAUGAGAAAUGAUGGUUAAGGUUUA